AAAAAAAAAAAUCUGUGAAGUUUGAACAAGCGGCCUUCUCAAGAUGUACCGAGUCUCUCAACUGCUGUCGACACCAGUAGCAAAUUCCACCAGGUCACACAAAGGACAUUCUGGAGAGCUGUCCCCCACAUGCAUUUUCCCAAGCUUUGAUUGUGGCUUCUUGGAUGGAGAGAGUUCUUUUGAAUGCUGCUCCAUAGACCCCCUGACAGGCUCCCACUAUGUCUGUCGCAGAAGCCCCCGACUCCUCACCAAUGGCUACUACAUUUGGACUGAGGACAGUUUCCUUUGUGACCCAGAUGGCCACAUCACUCUGAACCCCUCCCAUACCAGUGUUAUGUACAAGGAGAACUUAGUUAGAAUAUUUAGAAAGAAAAAGAGAAUCCACCGUUCUCUUUCUUCUCUCCUGGACCUCAGAGCCUCUAAAUCUUGGCUGCAUGGAAGCAUCUUUGGAGAUGCUGAUUCACUUCCAAGUGAGGACAUCUGGCUGGAGGGUAGUAUCAGAAGCGUGGGAAGUGAUCUGAACUGUUCUUCCCUGAGUGAUGGAUGGGAGUCUCAGAAGCCAAUCCCAGACACUUCAGAAGCCUCCUCUUCUGGCCACAUCCUGUCUCAGCAUCUCAAAGAAAGCUCCGAGAGUUCCUCUCUUCAGCCUCAGAUGAGAACAUCAGGACAUUUCCAAAAGAACAUUUCAGUGCAUUCUAAAGCUGGUCUGAUGCAUAAGAUCUCCCUUCAAGCAAUCCUGCUCACAGUGUGCUUAAUCAUCUCUGCAUGUGCACGGUGGUUUAUGGGAGGAGAAUUAGCCAGCAUCUUUACCUGUACAGUGGUGGUCACAACAGCAUUCGUUGCGAAGCCGCUGUUUCUCAGCCUUGCCAGAUAUUUCAAAGCCACCACCUGGGCUAAAUUUGACAGCCCUUGAGGAAUACUGGUAAUGAAUAUCUUCAAUCUGAAUAUCCGGAAACAUAAUUUGUAGUCUACUUGGAAUGAAUCAACCACUUUAUUGGAAGGGGAUGAGUAAAUGGAUAACUGAGGGGGAAAAAAAACCUUUAAUUUGAUCAUGUAAUUUCUUUCUAAAAAUCUCAAUUUCCACAUGUAAUAGUAAUUAGCUCGUGACAUCAAUAUUAAAUUUCCUUUCUUUCUUGAACACUGUCAGUUGAAAGGGAUGGGAGAAAGUGACAGAGCACAGACCACCUGGGGUAAUGUUCCCCUGUUGUUCCCAAGGUGAUGGACCUCGAACAUUAAUUUUAGUUAGAGAGUUCUGUGAGUGGCUUGGAGCAUAAAUGUCUCUGGUCUGCCAGCAUGCAGCUAUGCCUUGCUGACUUACUCUAAACAAUGCAAACAAGCUUAUAUAGUUGAUACACGCUGUAUAAGAAAUAGGAACAGUUUGUACAUACAAUAUAUUGGUGUACAAAUUCAUCCCAUUUUGAAAUGUCCAUUGAUAUUAGAUGGUGAUAUUAGGUGCUGUGAUUUGUCUCCAGAUGUCCAUGUAUUGAAAUCUUGAUUGCCAGUGGGGACAAUAUUAAGAAGUGGUAGGAUGUCUAAAAAAACAGGACCAGUGGAACAUCUUUAGUUUGUUGGGGAACUUCCUUCAGAACGUGUAAAUGGUCAAACCCCCAGUCUGCCUCUAGCUUUCUGUCCACCCCUUAGUCCUUAGGGAUUUUUAUGUAUCACAUUUUAAUCACAAUUUGAAUGAAAAAUGAUCUUUAUUUCACAGAAAUAAAAAAAAAACACUUACCAAUGAAAGUCAUUCAAGAGAAGAAUUAGUAUUCCAACAAACAGCUUUUCCUCUUGCUCAUUUUUCAUCUUUGGUUCCCGUUACUAUAAUGAAAUACCCAAGGCAGAAUAGCUAGAAAUGAAAGAGGAUUCCUAUGACCCACAGUUCUGGAGGUUCAAAUGCAGGUGCCAGCAUCUCCUUCAUUCUAGUGGUGAUUUCAAGGUAUUUGGCAUCACAUCACAUAGGAGGUGUGGGAGGAAGAAAUCGUUUGUUUAUAGAUUACUAAACCAAAGAUGCUCUGGUCUUGCUAGUGGUUUUCACUGGAGACUUCAAUAAAUUAUGAAGAUUUACAAGUUCCUUUAAAAAAAGUAAUCCUAAACCAGGCAGUGGUGGUACACACCCUUAAUCCCAGCACUUGGGAGGCAGAGGCAGGCAGAACUCAGUGAGGCCAGCCUGGUCUACAAAGCAAGUUCCAGUACAGCCAGGACUGUUAUACAGAAAAAUACUGUCUCAAAAAACACACACACACACACACACAUACACACACACACAUCUUAAAAAUAAAAAAAUUCUUAAGUAUAAAAUAAAGGAAAAAUUAGAGUGUUUGAAAACACAAGGAAAUGGUGAAACUAAAUAAUUGGCUGAAAAGUUAUAGAAGACACUUAUUCUUCUUACCUCUCACCAGGAAAUUUCAGAUAUGGACUGCUGAGGAUGUUCUAUGCUAUCUCCUCUGGUGAGAAACUUCUGUGUGUAGAAAACUAUAUACAUUAAAGUGAUAUUGCCACAUUAACCGCUUUUGUAGUUAACCCUGUGGCAGUUAAUAGUCACUGUCAGCUUGACUCUAUGUAGCAUAACCCCUUAGACACAUCUUUAGGCGUGUCUGUGUGGUUGUUUCCAGAGAGGUUUAACUGAAGAGAGAAGACUUGCCCUGAAUAUGGGUACCAACAUCCCAUGGGUAUACUGGUCUGGAAAAAAAAAAAGAGGAAGGGAGAAAGAAAGCUGAGUAUCAGCAUCUCUCUCUCUCUCUCUCUCUCUCUCUCUCCCUCCCUCCCUCUCUCUCUCUCUCUCUCUCUCUCUCUCUCUCUCUCUUUCUUGGCUGUGGACACAAUGUGGUUCAGUUACCCAGGCUUCUGCUUCUUGCUUUCCAAACAUGAGGGACUGUAUCACUUUAAACAUUGAGCCAAACAUAUUUUUCCUUAAGUUUCUUUGGUCAGGUAUUUUAUCAAAGCAAUAAGAAAAGUAACUAAUGUAAUACCAUUUUUUUUGCUUCUGUACCUUUUGGUUGAAUGAAAUUAUACUAAUAAGUAAGCAGACUCACCAUCAAAAUACAUAUAUAGUAUGUGUGUCUUAUAGUUUAUAUUUACCUAUGUCCAUAUACCUUUCACACACCUAUUAGCCUUGAUUAUUAGGAUUUUCUGCUCAUUAUUUUUACUAGUUUAUUUGGGUUUUGACCUUUUUUAGUAUUUGUUUUCAGAAAUAGGAUCUUUCAUUCUACAGUCCCAAAUGGCCUAGAAUUCUCGCUGUAAAUCAGGAUGGCUUUGAACUCAUGACAAUCCUCCUGUCCUAGCCUUCCGAGUAUUGUGAUGACAGUCAUGAGUCUCAAAAAGCAACUGUGUACUUUUACUUUAAAUUACAUGAAUGUCCUACGUAUUUUAUGGGAUAGAUAGCAUAGGGAUAUUUUUUCCUAAACUCAUUGCUUGUGUUUUUCACUUUGUUGAUUGUUUCUUUAGCUGUGCAUAAGUUUUUAAUUUAUUAUACUCCCACAUGUUUAUUUUUAUUCUUUUUGCCUGAGAUUUCUGUGUGGUAAUAAAAAAAAUGAUU